AUAUUUUCCUUUUUCCUGCUUCUUCUUAUAAAAUUUCCGGCUUAACAUUUUUCUCUUACUGAUAUAUAUAUAUUAGCCUAUUUACGUAUUCAUUUGAUCUACGAAUCUACGGUUUUAUAAACAUUCGCGAUGUCGCUGUUGGAGCCGGAGGCGUUUGAUUUGCCGGCGAAAUAUCCGUCGGAAGCAGCUCAGAGGAGAUGGAGAGAUGCUGUUUCUCUCGUUAAGAAUCGCCGGCGUCGGUUCCGAUAUGCUCCGAAUCUCGAAAAACGUGAAGAAGCUAAAGAGCUCAUGGAAAAAACCAGAGAAAAGAUUCGAGUUGGUUUCAUGGCUUAUAUGGCAGCACUCAAGUUCAUUGAUGCUGGUGAUCAUGGUAGGCCUUCUGACCUGGUCAGAGAAGAUAUAGGGGCUGAACUGGCAAAAGACUUGCCAGAAGAAGCUCGAGCUGCUGGCUUUGGAAUUAACCCUGAUAAACUUGCAUCUAUAGUUGGUUCCUAUGAUAUAAAAACCUUAAAGAAACUUGGAGGUGUUGAAGGGCUUGCAGGUAAAUUGAAAGUCUCAUCAAACGAAGGAGUCAAAUCUAGUGAUGUGGCUGUGAGACAAAAUAUAUAUGGAUCAAACAAAUUCACCGAGAAACCUUUUAGAAGUUUUUGGACAUUCGUGUGGGAGGCUCUGCAUGAUUUAACUCUCGUCAUCCUGAUAGUUUGUGCUGUUGUUUCCAUUGGUGUCGGACUUGCUACUGAAGGGUGGCCAAAAGGAACGUAUGAUGGUUUAGGAAUUCUACUCAGCAUAUUCUUGGUAGUCUUUGUUACUGCGGUUAGUGACUAUAGGCAGUCGUUGCAGUUCAGGGAUUUGGAUAAGGAGAAGAAAAAGAUAUCCAUCCAGGUCACAAGAGAUGGAUCAAGGCAGAAGGUUUCCAUUUAUGACUUGGUGGUUGGUGAUGUAGUUCACUUAUCUAUUGGAGAUCUUGUUCCGGCUGAUGGAAUAUUCAUAUCAGGAUAUAGCUUGCUAAUUGAUCAAUCGAGCUUGUCUGGUGAGAGUGUGCCAGUAAGCAUAUAUGAAAAAAGACCUUUUCUUCUAUCAGGAACCAAAGUACAAGAUGGUUCAGCUAAGAUGCUAGUGACCACUGUUGGUAUGAGAACUGAAUGGGGUAAGCUUAUGGAAACUCUUAGCGAAGGAGGAGAAGAUGAGACUCCUCUACAAGUUAAGCUGAAUGGUGUUGCCACUAUUAUUGGAAAGAUAGGGCUGGGAUUUGCUGUGGUGACCUUUCUUGUGUUAAUAGUCAGAUUUAUGGUGGAUAAAGCUACUCACCAUCAAUUCACCAUAUGGUCUUCCAGUGAUGCAUUAACUCUUCUAAAUUACUUUGCCACCGCUGUAACUAUAAUCGUUGUUGCAGUUCCUGAAGGACUACCUCUGGCUGUCACACUGAGCCUUGCAUUUGCAAUGAAAAAGUUAAUGGAUAAUAAAGCAUUAGUGAGGCAUCUUUCUGCUUGUGAGACAAUGGGUUCAGCAUCUUGCAUCUGCACGGAUAAGACAGGAACACUAACAACAAACCAUAUGGUAGUAAAUAAAAUAUGGAUUUGUGGAAAGGCUAAAAAGGUAGAAAAUGGUGCAGGUGGAGAUGCAAUAACGGAUAUAUCAGAAAGUGCACUGGAGUUUCUUUUGCAGGCAAUAUUUCAUAAUACAGGAGCUGAGGUGGUUAAAGACAAGGAUGGAAAGAAAUCUGUUCUGGGUACACCCACAGAAUCUGCAAUAUUAGAAUACGGAUUACUUCUUGGUGAUAUUGAUGAUAGAAAAAAGGAUUGUAAUAUGCUGAAGGUUGAACCAUUCAAUUCAGCAAAGAAAAGAAUGUCAGUGCUUGUUGCUCUUCCUGAUGGCAAUACCCGUGCUUUCUGCAAGGGUGCAUCUGAGAUAGUUUUGAAAAUGUGUGACAGGUUUAUUGAUUCUAAUGGUGAAAUUGUUGAUAUGUCAGAAGAACAUGUUACAAACAUCAUGGGUGUCAUUAAGGAGUUUGCUGAUGAAGCCUUGCGUACUCUUUGCUUGGCUUUCAAGGAUAUCGAAGAUGGUUAUCAAGAAAAUAAUAUCCCCGAUAGUGGCUACAUAUUGGUAGCAGUAGUUGGAAUCAAAGAUCCAGUUCGCCCUGGGGUUAAAGAGGCAGUUAAAACUUGUUUAGCUGCUGGAAUUACUGUAAGGAUGGUCACAGGGGACAAUAUUAAUACGGCCAUAGCUAUUGCUAAAGAAUGUGGUAUACUAACUGCUGAUGGUUUGGCCAUUGAAGGCCCAGAAUUUCGCAACAAAAGUCCUGAUGAAAUGAGGCAAAUACUUCCUAGAAUUCAGGUUAUGGCUCGAUCAUCCCCUACAGACAAGCAUGUGCUGGUAAAGAAUUUAAGAGGCAUGUUUAGAGAAGUUGUCGCCGUUACUGGUGAUGGCACAAAUGAUGCCCCUGCUCUGCAUGAGUCAGAUAUUGGACUGGCCAUGGGUAUAGCAGGAACAGAGGUUGCAAAAGAAAGUGCCGAUAUUAUAGUGCUUGAUGACAACUUCAGGACAAUUGUGAAUGUGGCUAAAUGGGGCCGUUCUGUAUAUAUAAACAUUCAAAAAUUCGUGCAAUUCCAGUUGACUGUCAAUGUUGUGGCUCUGAUGAUCAAUUUUAUUUCUGCAUGCGCCUCAGGAUCUGCUCCUCUCACUGCUGUUCAGCUGCUUUGGGUCAACCUUAUCAUGGAUACUCUAGGUGCAUUGGCACUGGCCACUGAACCACCCCAUGAUGGACUAAUGAGUCGGCCUCCUGUUGGAAGGGAUGUGAGUUUCAUUACAAAGACAAUGUGGAGAAACAUAAUAGGACACAGUAUCUACCAGCUGGCUAUACUCUUAGCCUUCAACUUUGCCGGAAAGCAGAUUUUGAGACUUGAAGGUUCAGAUGCUACAAAAAUCCAGAAUACCUUCAUUUUUAACACCUUUGUGUUUUGUCAGGUGUUCAACGAAAUAAACAGUCGUGAUAUGGAGAAGAUAAACAUUUUCCGUGGCAUUUUUAGCAGCUGGAUUUUCUUAGGAGUCAUGUUUGCGACAGUUGUUUUCCAAGUUAUCAUCGUCGAGUUCUUAGGCACUUUUGCCAGCACUACACCACUUAACUGGCAACUAUGGCUGAUCAGUGUCUUGAUUGGUGCUGCAAGCUUGAUUGUUGCUGUUAUUUUGAAGUUGAUCCCUGUCGAAAAGGAGACUUCUAAGCACCAUGACGGCUAUGAUCUGCUACCAAGUGGUCCAGAACUUGCCUAGGAGUGUGGUAAUCAGAUUCUUAAGAGAUAUAUGGUUUGCUUGGUCGAACUUCGGAUGCUACUAGACCUGUUUGAGCCUUUGAGGUGAGAACGAAAACAAAACAAAUGGAAAGAAAUACAAAAUAAAGACUUAAAAAACAGCUAAAUUUACCAUCUAACCUCCAAGUUCCACUUGAAAGUUCUUGGUCGAUUCUCGUCUCUUUUUGUGCACAGGUGCUUGAGAAGUUGGGAAUUCAUUAUUUGUUUGAUGGAAAAGCUACUUUUCUUUCUUUUUGGUUUGUGAAGAAAAUAUUCAUGAGAAGACCAGAUUUUGAAACUUUGCACUCUCGUUGGUUACGUAAUGCUCUGGAAGUGUUUAUAGGUUGAAACAAUUGAAAUGAGAGGAGUAAUUUCCUGCUUGAUCCACUGUUAUGUUUUGACAAAUUCUCACUCGGAUUUAACAUUUCUUUGCCUUCUCGUCUAUUUGUUCAUCCCCAAGCUUUCUCCAAUACAUUACUUUGUUAUUCCUCUUGAGAUUCAUUUAUUUUUUUAAUGC